GAACCGAUAAAAGAGAGGGCGAAGGCUUCAGAUUCUGCAAACUACGCUCGAUCUUUCUCCUUCGUUUUCUUUCCACUUUCUUGAGAAACACGCAACUCUUCACUUCCCUGAAUCUUCAGAAGCUUCUUCUAACGAUGGAUUUCGAUACCGAGUUCUCCAUGCUUUCUAAAAGAGAUCUGGAAACCAUAAGUGAUUACUUCAAAAUCGAGCACGAAUUCAUGGCUCCUAGGUCGUUUUACUCAUUAUCAUCCAACGCUCGGCAUCGGAUGCACGCGGUUUCGAUGAUAGCUAAGUUCGCUACCACUGAACCUAUGGAUUCGUACAUUCCAUAUGUUGCUGUGAAUUACUUCGAUCGCUUUAUUUCAACGAAUUCGCUUACAGAAUUACAAGGGUCUUCUUUACUUGAUAAAGUUCGUUUGGUAGCAAUAUGUUGCUACACACUUUCCGCCAAGAUGAGGACAAAGAAUUUCCCGCAAAAGCAAUUUCUGACGAGAAAAGAAGCUGUUUACAAAACCGAAGUCGUAAUGAGAAUAGAAUUUCGCAUUCUCAGCGGACUUGACUGGCGAAUGCGAUCUAUAACUCCCUUUCACUUCCUGGACUACUAUUAUCCCCCCUUCAAAAGAAUCGGUGGUUUUAAACGUCAAUGCAUUAAUGAGAUCAUAGUCCAGUCUCAAGGAGAGGUCUACUUCGCUCAAUUCAAACCUUCUGAAAUUGCAAUGUCCGCUUUACUGGCUGCUACUUACCUUGGAUAUUCCUCAAAAUUUACCUUAAUUGAGGGAUCAAUUCGCCUUUCGGAUGAUCUUAUGGCCUGUUAUCAAGAGAUGGUUCAGCUUUGUCGUCAUAGGAAAAUCAACAUAAGUAAAAGUUCUGGAGAAGUUAUCUUUCCUGUUCCCUCCUCAUCGACAACGGAAUCAGAAGAAGGAUUAGGAAAAGCAGCUGAAUUACGAGUACGAAAACAAAGAAGGAGCUCGCGGAUCCAGGUUUUGAACACGGUGUUGGAAAAUGAUGAAGAAGAAGAAGAAGAAGAUGUAGCACUGUUAAACCGCCGAAAUCGGAAUAGGAACGAGGAAGCGGGGGAGGCAUCUAAAGAAGUUGAAGAAGGUAAGAGCGAGGCUGAGAAACUACGAGAGGUGAUGGAAAGUGCAGCGAGAGUAGCAUCUGGGACCGGAGCAAGACAGGAGAAGGGCGAAGGGAAAUCUGAAGAAAUGGUAGAAGCUGAGAGCGGAACAAGAGAUGACGAGUCCAAGGGGCCCUGUGAAGAAAUAGUAGGAGCUGAGAGCAGCAGAGCAAGAGAGGACAAGGGCAAGGGCAAGGCUGUAGAAGAAGCAAGCGAGAAUGAGUUGCGAAAAAGACAGAUAAAGGGCAAGGGCAAGGCUGUAGAUGAAAUGUGUGAAACAAUAUUGAGAUCAGAGACAGGUGUAGAGGGUGCACCAUUGAGGGCAAUGAACUUUCAGGUGCAGUGGCCUGUUAUUGUGCGGCAAGGUGAGAGAGUUGACAAUAUAGAGGCUAGCUUAUAUGUAGAUGAAUCCCGAAUAACAACUACUCGAUGUCCUAGAACAAUAAGAGGGAGCGACAUCGUUCCACCUCCACUUUCCCACCGUUGUCAGUGCAAAAUCAUGUAGAAGAGCAAAAAAUAAAUUCUACAGCCAAAUAAAGUGAAGGUAAGACACUCAACACAACUGCUGUCAAGUAAGUAUAUCUUGACGUAGUCGUACCUGGUCUAGAUUAGAUAACUGUUUGCGGAUUGUGCAAUAUUUUGAUUGUUCUGUAUGCUGAUUCUGAUUAUAGGGCGGCAUUACACAGCAAGUGGUUCCCAGGAUUACGUUUAAUUCUCCAUAAUUGAUUUUCAAAAGAUAAUAUGAUCAUUGUUUUCUGGUCCUUAAAAAGCGUAUAACCCUUCUAU